UGGAAAGGGAAAACCAAUGGGAAAAACCUUAAAGGGUGUAAGGAUACGACGUGGCUGCACGUCGCUAGCAGGUGCACAACGCAGGGAAAUCACAAAUACGAGGCGAAUGAUGGCAUAUUCCCCUUUCGAACGAUAGGAGACACGUUCGCGACAAACCAUAACCUUGUGCUUUUGCUAGAAUAAUGUCACGCAGGAUGUUACUCUUUGUUUUACUUGCAGCAGGGUGUUGACCAGUGUGUGCAAACACAGAGUGGGUGCUAUCUUCUGACCUUUCUCCAGAGUGACUGUGAUAUUUGCAUAUAGAAGCCAUCCACUAUUACCAACAAAAUGUCAGGUACCUACACACCAGCCCCUGGUGGGCCGUUCUCUGCUCUCACCCCAAGCAUGUGGCCCCAGGACAUUUUGGCCAAGUACCAUCAAAAAGAGCCCUCAGAACAGCCUGAACUCCAAUAUGAUGAGUUUGGCUUCAAAAUGGACACUGAAGACCAUGGAAAGCCCAGGUCCUGGCUGGGCGCUGAAGGUUCACCCCAGCGUGAAGACCCCCAGCAGCGAUUGCGCUGGCAAGCCCACCUGGAGUUCACCCACAACCACGCGGUGGGUGACCUGACCUGGGAGCUCAUUGAUCCCGUCCUCCCACGCUCGGAGCGGCUGCGUUCCCUGGUGCUAGGUGGCAUACCUCACAGCAUGAGGCCACAGCUAUGGAUGCGUCUGGCUGGAGCACUGCAGAAGAAGAGGACUUCUGAGAUUUCUUACAGAGAAAUCAUUAAGAACAGUUCCAACGAUGACACCAGCGCAUCUAAACAGAUAGAGAAGGACCUAUUGCGGACUAUGCCGACCAAUGCGUGUUUCUGUAGUCUGACCAGCGUUGGAGUGCCGAGGCUGAGACGGGUACUGAGAGGCCUAGCCUGGCUCUACCCAGACAUCGGGUACUGUCAGGGCACUGGCAUGGUGGUUUCCUGUCUGCUGCUCUUUCUCGAGGAGGAGGAUGUGCUAUGGAUGAUGUGCGCACUGAUCGAAGACCUCCUUCCUCCAUCCUACUUCUCCUCCACUCUGUUGGGCGUCCAAACGGACCAGAGGGUUCUUCGCCAGCUCAUUGUUCAGUACCUCCCAGCCCUCGACCGUCUUCUGCAGGAGCAUGACAUAGAGAUGUCGCUGAUCACACUGCAUUGGUUCCUGACAUCAUUUGCCAGUGUGGUGGACAUCCGUCUGCUCCUUAGGAUCUGGGACCUGCUCUUCUACCAGGGCUCAUUGGUGCUCUUCCAGGUCACGCUGGGCAUGCUCAAGAUCAAGGAGGAGGAGCUCGUAUCAUCAGAGAACUCUGCGUCCAUUUUUAAUACAUUGUCGGACUUGCCAAGCCAGCUGAGAGAUGGCCCUGCAGUUCUCGGGGAGGCUAUGAGACUAGCAGGGACACUAUCCCAGGAAACACUGGAAGCCCACCGGCACAAGCACCUGGCCUAUAUAUUAAAUGAACAGACGCAGCUCAACAAUGGGAACACAACACUCAACACCAAUCUCAACAAGGUGGUGAGGAGACAGUCCCUGCGCAGGAAGUCCACCCUGAGCUCCCUGCUGUUUGGGGAGGAUGAGGCAGAGGCCCUAAAAUCCAAGAACAUUAAGCAGACAGAGUUGGUGGCAGCCUUGCGAGAGGCCAUAUCCCGCACUGCAGAGCACUUCCACUGUCUGGACCCACGUCACUCCAGCACUGACCUGACUCCUGACUACUCCAUGGAGAGCCACCAGCGAGAUCAUGAAAACUUUCUUGUGGUUUCUCGAAACCGACGGAGACGGGCAAAGGCUUUGCUGGACUUUGAGCGUCAUGACGACGAUGAACUGGGCUUCAGGAAGAAUGACAUAAUCACUAUCAUCUCACAGAAGGAUGAACACUGUUGGGUUGGAGAGCUCAAUGGCCUUAGAGGGUGGUUUCCAGCUAAGUUUGUGGAGAUCCUAGAUGAAAGAAGCAAAGAGUACUCGUUAGCAGGGGAUGACUCUGUGACCGAGGCAGUGACAGACGUGGCCAGGGGCACACUGUGUCCGGCCCUAAAGGCCAUCUUUCAGCACGGUCUCAAGAAGUCAUCUAUACUGGGAGGGCCUUGCCACCCUUGGUUAUUUAUAGAAGAGGCGGCCAGUAGAGAGGUAGAGAGGGACUUCAACUCUGUCUACUCCAGACUGGUGCUGUGUAAAACCUACAGGCUAGAUGAAGACGGGAAAGUACUAACACCAGAGGAGCUGCUAUACAGAGCGGUGCAGUCAGUCAACAUGAGCCACGAUACAGCACACGCUCAGAUGGAUGUCAAAUUUAGGUCACUUGUCUGCGUCGGCCUAAAUGAGCAGGUGCUGCACCUGUGGUUGGAGGUGUUGUGCUCCAGCAUGGCUGCUGUAGAGAAAUGGUAUCAUCCAUGGUCAUUCCUUCGCAGUCCUGGAUGGGUACAGAUAAAGUGUGAGCUCAGGGUCCUAUCAAAGUUCGCCUUCAGCCUCUCCCAAGACUGUGAACUACCUGACAAGAAAGAGGAGAAGGAGCAGAGACCACUGAAAGAGGGAGUGCAGGAUAUGUUGGUGAAACAUCAUCUCUUCAGCUGGGACAUUGAUGGCUAGACGCACAGCAAAACAUGGCUGAAUCCUACUCUUUCCUGCGUGUUUGUGUAUAUUUGAUGUCUCUUUACAUGUUUCUUACGGACGGUCAAUUAUAAAUUAGACUGCGUCGUCUGCUACAGUAAACGACUACUUCACAGACUAUCUGUCACGUCGCCUUUCAGCAUUGGACAAAGGUUGACCAGUUUGUAUAUGUGCUGAAGCAUGUGUGCAUUAAGGUGCAUAUGUUGUUUUAAUUCAGCCCCACUACAUGGUGUAAACUACAUAUACUAGUAAACCCUCUUCAGUACAGAAUAGUCUGUACCCAUGGGACUGGAGCGCUCAGCGCGUCCAAACAGUUAAGUAUUUCUUCAGCACUCAAUGCUCUGGCCAUUCAGCUUUUCCUAGCUAACGGAGUGCAUGUGUAUGUGCAGGAGUGAGACAUUCGCUCAAUUGUCUCACGUCAGCUGUGUUUGUAAAAUACACCAGCACGUCAUCACCAAGACAGACCCUGGGCCUUUUAACAUGGUCCGAAAUGCCACAUUACCCUGUAAAUUCCCAAAUAUUAAGACCAAAACGCAACAUUCCUAAACACGGAGCUGUGAAGUUACAAACUCUUUUUUGAGAGGAAUGCUUACGUACCUCACUGUCAUGAAUUCCACAAAAUAUUUCAUUAAAUACUAAUGUUGCACAUGCCAAGUAAAGCCUUUUCAAAAUUGUAAUACAAGACUAUGGGUAUGUGUGCUACCUUAACAGUGGUAGUGAACUGUCUCCACUUGUAUGACAAUAAAGAUAAAUACUUUUUUUGUGUUACAAUAUAAAGUAACAUUUAGUUACAUAUAACUUGUAAUGUUUUUGUAUAUAAAGUAAACCUAUUUUGCUUGUGACUAAAUGUACCCUUGUAGGUUAAAACAAUUCAACAUAGAACUCUAUCAUUCUUACUCUUAUUUCCAAACCGACCUUUAGUUCUGACUUAAAGCUGCACAUACAUCAGAAAACGGGGAAUUAUCUGUUUUAUUUAUUCAAAUUUUGACCAUUCUUGAUAAUGGUAGACUGUAAAGUAAUGGACUCGAGCAGGUUGAUAUGAUAAUUCAAGUUUUGAGAUUUUUUUUUUUUUUUGUUCAUCAAAAAUAUACUUUUUUUUUUUUUUCUAGUUUUUGGAUACUUUGCUGAUAACAAAGAUUUUGUUGUAUUGGUUUUUAUUCCUGCCAAGCUUAUUGGGUCUUGCAGAUGAUGCGCUUGAUAUUUUUUUGAAUUCUAGUGUUCUAACUGUAACUUCCCCGUGUGCAGACAUUUCACAAUUGUAGCUAUUUCAGCCUGUGUAAAUCACAUGAUAUUGAUUAUCAAACCUUUACAAUCAAAAACACAAGAAUACUCUGCUGUCCGGUGUCUACUCAAAGACGAUCCAGCCCGCUGUUGCCACUUUCUAUCUGUAACACAUGGAACUGAUACGACUACACACCACUCCUAAGCUUAAAUGAGUUGCAGUGCGUUGGAGAAAAAGAACAUGAUAAACAUUGAAAACCCCAUCUGUUUUCCUGUUAAAUUAUUCCAAGUUAAAAAAUAUAUAUUUUUUGCUCUACCAAAUGCAUAGUAUUAAGAUGUUUGUCAUUUGAGAAAAGCUCACAUAGAAAAAUAAACGCUGUUUAAAAGUUCAGUAAAGCCUGUUUAUUAAUGGUCAGUUUUCUUAGCUGCAAAGUGUUUAAAAUGUCACAACAUGUUAACCGCAACAGGCCAUAACGCAUGGGGUACUAGAGUUACGAGUAGCACUGCAAUUACUGCAUGUCUUAUAAUCAUCAUGAGCAACUUUGAGUGACAAGAUUAUGUGUUGUAUUUGUUUGUACUGACACUAUUUGUAUAAGGAUUGUAACAUGGCCGACACUGCUAGAUACUGCUGAAUCUAAGCAUGCAAGUGAGAGUAGGUUGAACAAUCGAUGACCAUCAGUGAACCUUCUGCAUAUAUGCCAAAUAAAUAACUUGACAAUUA